ACUUGUAAAAACAUAUGUUAUCUAUCUAUGUAACAUGUUUAGUUUAUGAUGUGUUAUGAUUUAUACAAAUAAUGGCUAAUCGAAGAGAUAUUUUGAACCUUUAUCGAAACUUAAUUCGAGAAACUAAAAAAUGGAAUCUUUAUAAUUUUCGGAUGUAUACUUUACGUAAAAUUCGAUAUGAAUUUCAACAGAAUAAAACGGUACAAGAUAAAGAGAAGAUUAAUGAGUUUUACAAUAAAGGACUGGAAAAUCUUGAGGUUAUUAAGAGACAAGUAAUAAUUGGGAAUUUUUAUGCUGUUAAACCAUUAAUUAUUGAAACUAUUAAAAAAAAAAUAAUAAUUUGAAUUAAAAGCAAAAACUUGUAAUUA